AUUCCUUCGAGUCUCGUUGGCUGCUGGAGUGUUCGCGGCUGUUGCUAAGUUCUCCGCCGACUCGAUGCAGUUUUGUAGAUGGACCGUUUGGGCUUGAUGUGCGGGAAAGAUUUAGUUUAGACGGUGUCUUUUUUGUACAGAAAACACUCCAAUAAAAACAUGACUACAGGAGCCCGGGAAUGUGAAUCACCGAGGGAUGUAUUUUGGGGCUCUUCGAUAGGCAUGAGCCAUCCUGGGGUUUGUGAAGAGAUGAGCAGAUCUUUUCCCUGGACGAACAAGAAAAGGAGGAGUGGUCUUUCCAGACUGUGCAGGAAUAGAGCAUCCUUAACUGAAAAUGGAUGGAAUACCUAUUGCUUGACUUCCUUAGCUGCCCGGAACAUCUGCACUAGCAAGCUUCAUGAUUCUUGGAGUCACUUUGAAUCUGCUUCUCUUUCCUGUUCAAUAUGCAGCAACUCUUCUUGUUCCCUCCUAAAUGCCUUGGUUUUGGGAGAAUCUGCUCAGUCCCUGGCAGCUUCUGUACGCAACCCGAACAAAGCAAUCUUCACUGUGGACAUCAAAACAACAGAGAUUCUAGUUGCAAAUGACAAAGCCUGCAAGCUUCUUGGUUAUAGCAGCCAGGAACUGAUCGGCCGGAAAUUAUCUCAGAUGAUCUCAAAAUCCAACUGGGAUAUAGUGGAGGCACUAAAUGAAGAGUGUAUUGAUGCCCAAGGACAUGUAUCAGCAGUUCUUGGAACUGUGGUAGAUGUUAUUUCCAGCAGUGGUGAAAAGAUUCCAGUCUCUGUAUGGAUGGGAAAAAUAAAAACUCAUGGCAGUCGGUACUGUGUGGUUGUUCUGGAGCCUGUUGAAAGACUUGCUGCCACUGUUUGCUUCACAAACAAUGGAGAGAUAACUUCAUGUGACUCCCUUUUUGCUCAUCUCCAUGGCUACUCAUCACCUGAAGAUGUGAUUGCUCAAUACAUCACAGAUCUGAUUCCUUCUAUACAGAUUCCUCCUCCUGGCAAGAAAAUCCCUAAGAAUUUCAAGAUUCAGAGAUCUGUGGGAAGAGCAAGGGAGGGUACCACAUUUCCUCUAAGCCUGAAGCUGAAGGUGGACUUUCCUCCUGAAAAGACUGCUCCAGUACUAGAUGACCCAGCACCAGUACUUGAAUCUGGAAAUUUAGAAGACCACACAGCAGCCUUUCCCAUGGAGUGUUCUUUCUCUGCUACUGUUUGGGUGUUUACCAAUAUCAGCGGGCUGAUCACCGUUCAAGCAGACGGCACAAUUAAUGCAAUCAACAAUGCAUUUUCUUUAAUGUUGUUUGGCUAUGAAAAAAGAGAACUUCUGGGAAAGAACAUCACAUUCCUGAUUCCUGGUUUUUUUAAAUACAUGGACAGAGUUGACGAUUCUUCUUUGCCAUCUCUCGAACACAGUGCAGAAGCAGAAAAUGUGAGCUCCUCUGGUGACUUUAAAGGGGCCCAGGUAGAUGCCUGUAGCACAAUGGAAGCUGGUGAAGACACCAGCCUGUUGAUUGCUGGAGAUGUGGCUUUGCUACCUAAGGAAGAACUGCAGCAGGAAUUAUCAAGAAGUGAUGGCAACGGGUUCUGUGCUAUGAAGGAGAGCCAAAUGCAGAGCGUAGUUAGCCUGUCUUCUGUUCUGUCGUCUCCCACAGAGGUCUCCACACCACUGGAUGGUGUUUUCUUUCACAGAACAGACUACACACCUAUUGGUGACACACCAGCCUGUAGUGAAAUAUUGGCUUCUGAGAGUUCACAUGUUGAAGGAUGCACUGAUACAGAAAAUAUUUGUAAUCAGACUUCUGUUGGACGUACGAUAGAUAAUGAUGAUUUAGCAGCUGAGGUCAGUCUGCCUUGUGACACUGUGUGCACAUCAAUUCGGGGUCCCACACUGGAUGAGGCAAAGCUCAGAGCAGUAUCAAGUCCUGAACACAACCUGAGGGAAACAGAGGGCCUGCCACACACAAAAAAUCUAGACUUUGGAAAUAUUGCCGUGGAAAAUACAGCCAUCUUGCCUAGUGAAAGGAGCAAUAGUUGUCUUGUUUCUGUGGCGACACAAGGCACUGGUAGCGUCUCUUCAUCAGCAAGUGUGGUUGGCAACAAGGUGAGCGAUGAUGUUGCUGCUGUUUGCUGUGGCAUGACAGAACUGGUUCUAAGGAGUGAUGCACAGGUGAAUUCAGACUCCUCUGCUUCCACAGAACUGAAGAAGACAUGCUUGCUCGAAGAGGAAGGCCUGGCAAAAGAAUCAUUUGCUCAUGAUCAGAUACAGUUCCUUAUGAGUGGUGGUUCUCCAGCAAGCUGUCGGAAAAGUUUGAUGACUUCCACACAUUCAGUGCAGUCUAACAAGGACAUAUCAGAGGCUGAAAAUACUACCACCGGCACGGUGGAUCCUGUGGCAAAACAUUCACCAAACGAUGUUUGUUCCCGAGAAGAAUUCAUGCUUUUAAAGCAGCAGAGCACGGAACAGGUAACAUCAACACCUGUAAAACUAGAAGCUGUGCAGUCCCCAACAAGUUCUUCAAACUGUGAUAUUUUGGAAGGCAGCUAUUCGGGCAACUGUUACCACAGAGAUGGUUCCCGACUGGCUAUAAUCUAUGAAGUCAAGCGUGUGGAGCUGCAUGACCCUUCUGCUCUUUUCUGUAUUUGGGUUAUGAGGGACCACUUCCAGAGCCAGAAACAAGCAGUAGCCAAGACACAGAUGCUCCUUUCUAGUUUGGCUAGUUCUUCCCAGACCCAAGCUGAUGUGUCUGCACUCAGCUUAGUAGAAUUGCUCAAAACAACACCAUUAUUUGAGAAUUCACGAAGAACCGAAGAGUUAGAAAGGCUGAAGGCUUGUGAGGGAAAGUAUGGAAAGAAAUAUGACACGAUUGGUCUCAUUGGCAGAGGAGCUUUUGGUUUUGUCUGGACAGCCAGAUGCAAAAAGGAUCACAAGGAGGUUGUUGUGAAGUUCAUUUGGAAGGAGAAAGUGUUAGAUAACGUCUGGGUCGAUGAUCCUGAAUUGGGAAGAGUAACCCAAGAAAUUGCGAUUCUGGUAAAACUGCAGCACCCCAGCAUUAUUAAGGUGCUAGAUGUAUUUGAGAACCAGCAGUUCUUCCAGCUAGUGAUGGAGAAGCAUGGGCCAGGUCUUGAUCUCUUCACUUUCAUCGAUAACCAGCCCAGUAUGGAUGAACCUUUGGCAAGUUUCAUAUUCAGACAGCUGGUGUCUGCAGUGGGCUAUCUACGAUGUAAGAAUAUCCUUCACAGAGAUAUCAAGGAUGAGAACAUCAUCAUUGCUGAAGAUUUCACUAUUAAGCUGGUGGACUUUGGCUCAGCUGCCUACUUAGAACCAAACAAGCUGUUCUACACGUUCUGUGGAACUAUUGAGUAUUGUUCUCCAGAAGUGCUGUCAGGCAAUCCGUAUCCAGGACCAGAACUUGAGAUGUGGUCUCUUGGAAUCACACUUUAUACGUUAGUCUUUGGAGAACAUCCUUUUUGUGAGCUGGAAGAAACCAUGAGGGCCAUCUUACAACCUCCCUUCAGUGUGUCAGCAGCCCUGAUGAAUAUCCUCUCUGGACUCUUACAUCCUUUGCCAAAGAACCGCACCACUCUGGAAAUGGUAAUAAAAGAUAUUUGGGUAAAUCAACCUGUGAACCUGGCUAAUUACACCUGGGAAGAAGUAUAUUGUUCUUCCAAGCAAGAAGGCACCCGCUUCAAAAUUCAUUCCAGUGCCCCCAGGUGUGGCACCUGGACACUUCCAAGCCUGGAAAGCGUGCAGAGCGUAGAUGAUGAUGCCAUUGCCCGCAGGCUGGUGGAACAGCUGCAAGACCGAACUACCAACGCUAAUGAGCAACAGCCAUCAACUUCUUUUUGUUGACGGAACUACUGAAAUCUGUACUCUGGACAUAUACCAUUUGCUGAUGAACGUCACCUUCAUCUUCCUUGAGAGCUUAAAAAAAUACCAAGAUAAUGCACAUACGGUGCUAUGCUGAGUGACUGGGAUUAUAGCCAUUCAUCCUGCCUGCUGUGGGUACUUAUGCCCCCUCUGAGCCUAUUAGUUGUGCAUCUCCAGGGAUCUCAUUGGUACAGUGCUUACAUAUGAAAGUGCCAAAGUGUGCUGUCACAAAAAAUCUUAGCUGUUGACCAAGCAAUUUAAACUUAAACCUGUUAGGGGUGUUUUGUGCAUAGGAACUCAUGUAUGGGAAUAUGGCAGGCCUUUGGAUGAGAUGGAUAACUAUGAUCCUACUACCAUAUGAUGCAUCAUCACUAUUCUUUCAUGCUUAUUCUGCAUGAAUAAUUGUGUUUAAGGAGCAGGGCAAAAUCCUGUGUUGCCCAAAGUUGCACCAAUAAGACUGUUUUUUUAAAAUUUCAAUUUAUUCCAACUCUUCAGUUAGGUGAAGCACUUUUUAAAAAUAAGGCGGCUAGACAUCUACAGUUGCUUCUCCUUGGGACAGGUUGGUUAAGUCUAAAAUACUUGAUAAUGUGAAUUAAUAGCAUAAGAAUAGUCUGUUGGCUUGUUUCAGGCCUUUUCCUGCAAAGUGUUUCUAAGAGGUGAUUCCAGUUUCCUCAUCCUACUAUUCAGGGUUUACUUACUAUUUAGGUAGAGCCUAAAAUACUCCCACUCUUGGGUGUUUUGGAUGAUCCUGCUUCUGAGAAUUUUGCUCAUCAUGUUGAAGGUGAAAUUUUGUAGCUAAUAGGUCAGAGUGAGAGGGCAAUGAUUUUCUGCAGAUGAAGAACAAACCUAAGACAGAUUUUCUGUUUUAAUUUGCUAUGUUUAAAAAUAGCAAAGAACCCUGGUAGGACAUUCCUAUGCUUUAGUUGUUAAGGUGCUGAUCUUCACUAGUGUUUUUCGUAACAGCGCAAAAUAUUCUCAGACUUCAUCUUAUAGUUAUCUUUUAAGUGUUUUGGGAACUGUGACACUGUUAAAACUGAACUGUAUUAUAGCUCAACAUAGGUUAAUUUUGAAUACUUUUACUAUAUCUGGAUGUACUAUAUCUGGAUGACUUGACUCUCUGAAUAGUUGCUUGACUUAUAUUUGGCAGUAAUUCAGCAAAUACAAAUUUUGUAAUAAAAACCAUAUUUUACAUUAAUUAUUUGCAGACUAAGUGUUCUAACUUUUCUGUUAAACACCAGUUUAGAAAGUUGCUUCUCUAGAUCCUAUUUCCAGUGCUGUAGUGCCUUCAUUUCUGUUAUUUUGUAGCAUACCACCAAUCAGUUGGUACAGAAGAAAAAAUUCAAAAUGUUUCUUAGUCCUGUUCUGCACACAUGGGAGGCACCUCCAAGACAGUAACCUAAUAUAUUCUCCCCAAAGAUGUACAUUUAUCUGUCGUGAUUCUUGUUCUUGGGGGACAUGCCUACCUUUACUAAUUGAAGCCUUGCUCCUCCAUAAUUCCAAAAUAGAUUCCAGGACAUUUUUUUAAGCCAGAUGUAAAUGAAGUCACAACAGCUCUAUCUUGAUUAAUUGAAAUGUGCCAAAAUACUUUUAAAGUAGCCAAAAUCUUGACUAAUUGAAAUGUACCAAGAUACUUUUAAACUAAUUGGUUGGGUAAGCUUCAAGUCUUCAAUUUUACUGUAGGCCAUGUUUUGAAAAACAGGAGACCAUUAAGUAUAUUUUGAUUGCUAUAAUUUCCACCUUAAUUGUGUUCUGUCAUUUUUUGCUAAAGUUAACAAUAAAUUUUAGUAUCUUAA